CUCCUUAAAAUUAGCCUUCCCACCACCUCAACCAUCACUAUCACCUAUCCCACCUCUUUAGCUUUCCUUCAUCACGUCUUCAACCAUGUCACUAAAAGCACGAAAGUCUGGCCGCUCGGGAAAGACCAAAGGUAGCGAAACAAAUAUUGCCGAUACCACCCAGAUUACCCUACCACUUCAACGAACAACACGGAAACACAAACUCGAGGAAGAGGUUGAGGACGAUAAGCCACAGAAGAAGCCAAGUACCAAAAGGGCAAAUACAAGGGGCUCCCAAGACUACUUUAUGGCACGCUAUGCCGAAGAUCAAUACCAUCAAGUUCCUAACUUCAGAGUCAAUGACACCGAAGGUCUUGUCUACCCGGUAGAAGUUAACAAGAACUUCAUCCGUCCAACCGAGUGGGCUAAAAUCAAGAAGCCUGGAAUUUGGCCAAACGGAGCACCGUGGCCCCCCACUCAAACUAGUGACCUUACGAUGGCAUAUUCGCGCGAGGCUGUCUGCGCCAACUGCCGCGCUCACCCACGAGAUGUCGACUGUGGUUGUGAAAUUGAAGAAUGGCAGGAGCAUCAAGCUGUGACCUGGAGGGACAACUUCGAGCUCCGGGAAAUCCCUGACAUGGGAGUCGGAGUGUUCGCCUUGAAGGACGUAGAUGCACGCGUCGUCGUUGGAGAGCUGGCUGGUCUGCUCCGUCCUUCGACUCAUAAGGCGUCAGGCUCAGCGAAGCACUACGAAUGUAAGUUGGAAAUUGGUCCCUACCAAGACGUCAAGCAGCAGCCAUACGCUUACAUUGAUGUGUGGAAGUACGGCAGCUGGACGAGGUUUAUCAAUCACAGCUGCGAACCGAAUACGGAGUUCCUAGAAGCUCGGGUUGGACGCACCCGUCUACUAACCUGCGAGACAACGCAGAAGAUUAAGGCAGGGAGGCAAGUUACCGUGGACUAUGGCGAGGGCUUCUUCGAGAGCGACAAUAAAUGUCGAUGCGGUACUAAAUCGUGCGAUAACCCAUAUCAGGAGGGGGACAGUGCUGACGAGGAAGAGGAGAUGGACAGUGCGGAUGAGGAAGAUGAGAUGUAGACUCUUUAGGGCUCUUCUCAAGAAACGGACUUGAUAAGUUGGAGGGGAGUCAGUACUAGGACCCGGACUGCGGGAAGUCCCUGAGAAGUUCCAAGAAAUAAUUGGGGUCAGAAGUAACUGAGUCGACUUUACAGGAGAGGUGACAGCUCUUUAGCAAAGCCGAAAGACUACGUGGCUCUCGUGAUAAUGGGCGUAUAGAGCUUGCGUUCGAGUCAAGGUUUGUUUCGCGUCGCACAUGUAUAGUUUAUUGUAUUUUGUUAACUAUUGGAUUUCCAAAAUCGUAUGAAUC